GAAACCGGCCCAGCGAUAGCAGCGCCGGCAAGCGGGGCGGGACAAGGCGAGCCGAGCGCGAGGCGACUCGUGCGCCGCGCGGGCUCUGGUCCGGCGAGUCGUCCGUGACUAGCUGUGCCCAACCCAGUCUCCUGCUGCUGGUGCGGGAACUGUCAGCUGCGCGUUGCCGGGGGACCGGGGAAGCCGGCUUUGCCUCCUUCCGCAUCUGUGGACAAACCCCGGAGCCGGGCACUGGGGAACUAGGCGGCGUCCUUGGCGGCAGAGCCUCAGUUCUGGAGGCUGGGAAGUUCCGAGGACCAGAUGCCUGCAGAUCUGUCGUCUGGGCUUUCCUCUGAGUCAUCCAAAAUGCUUUUAAAACGGAUUGAAUAAAAGCUGAGUCACCUGCCUGUGUGAGACUUCCAUCGUCUCUGCUCUGCUCUCUUCUGAUGGCAUUUUGACUACAUCGAGGCCCAGGGACCCACAGCUCAUGAUGAGUGACGAGAAGAGCCUUGGGGUGUCCCAAAAAUUGGUCUCACCUUCAAGGAGCACGAGUAGCGGCUCUUCCAAGCAGGGAAGCCGACAGGAUAGCUGGGAAGUGGUCGAAGGACUGAGGGGAGAGAUGAGUUACACCCAGGAGCCACCAGUCCAGAAAGGAUUUUUGCUGAAAAAGAGGAAAUGGCCCUUGAAAGGCUGGCACAAGAGAUUCUUCUAUCUGGACAAAGGAAUCUUGAAAUAUGCCAAGAACCAAACCGACAUUGAGAGAGAGAAGUUGCACGGCUGCAUUGAUGUCGGGCUCUCGGUGAUGUCUGUAAAGAAGUCCUCCAAAUGCAUAGACCUGGACACCGAGGAGCACAUUUACCAUCUGAAGGUAAAGUCAGAGGACGUCUUUGACGAGUGGGUAUCCAAACUCCGCCACCACAGACUCUAUCGUCAGAAUGAAAUCGCCAUGUUUCCGCAUGACGUUAAUCACUUUCUCCCAGGAGCUACGGUCACAGAUUCCCCACCUGGGGUCUUGGACUCCAUUUCAAGUAGGAAGCGUAGCAGUAUAUCAAAGCAGAAUUCACUUCAAACUGGAAGCAAUCUAUCAUUUUCCGGUGGUGGUGAGACACGAGUUCCAUUAUGGUUGCAGUCUUCAGAGGACAUGGAAAAAUGCUCAAAAGACCUGGCACACUGUCAUGCCUGCCUGGUGGAGAUGAGCCAGCUCCUGCAAAGUAUGGACGUCCUGCAUCGGACAUAUUCAGCGCCGGCUAUCAAUGCCAUCCAGUGUGGAGCUUUUGAAAGUCCCAAGAAGGAAAAAAGAUCACACAGGAGGUGGCGGACCAGAGCCAUUGGCAAAGAUGCUAAAGGAACACUGCAGGUCCCGAAGCCUUUUUCUGGCCCCAUAAGACUGCACUCCUCCAACCCUAAUUUGUCAACACUAGAUUUUGGAGAAGAGAAAAAUUAUUCUGAUGGCUGUGAAACCUCAUCAGAGUUUUCUAAAAUGCAAGAAGAUCUGUGUCAUAUUGCCCAUAAAGUUUACUUCACUUUAAGGUCAGCUUUUAAUACCAUAUCAACGGAGAGGGAGAAACUGAAGCAACUGAUGGAACAGGAUGUCUCCGCCUCCCCCUCUGCCCAGGUCCUCGGUCUGAAGCGUGCCCUGUCAUCCGCCCUAGCACAAAACACAGAUCUUAAAGAACGCUUACGCAGAAUCCAUGCUGAGUCUCUUCUCCUCGACCCCCCUGCUGCUGCCAAGUCGGGGGACAGUCUGGCAGAGGAAAACUCCAGAGACGACAGUCGAGCCCUGGUCCAUCAGCUUUCCAAUGAAAGCAGACUCUCCAUCACUGACUCCCUUUCAGAGUUUUUUGAUGCACAGGAAGUUCUGUUGUCUCCAAGCUCUUCAGAAAAUGAGAUUUCUGAAGAUGAUUCAUAUGUCAGUGACAUAAGUGACAACCUUUCCUUAGACAAUCUCAGUAACGAUUUAGAUAAUGAGAGACAGACCUUGGGGCCUGUUCUGGAAAGUGGCGGGGAAGCCAAGUCCAAAAGAAGAACGUGCUUGCCGGCGCCCUGCCCCAGCUCCAGUAGCGUCAGCUUGUGGAACAUCCUGAGGAAUAACAUCGGGAAGGACCUGUCCAAGGUGGCCAUGCCGGUGGAGCUCAACGAGCCACUCAACACGCUGCAGAGGCUCUGCGAGGAGCUGGAGUACAGUGAGCUCCUGGACAAGGCUUCCCGGACCCCCAGUGCCCUGGAGAGGAUGGUGUACGUGGCAGCCUUUGCCGUGUCGGCCUACGCGUCCAGCUACUUCCGGGCCGGGAGCAAGCCCUUUAAUCCGGUUCUGGGAGAAACCUACGAGUGUAUUCGUGAAGACAAGGGAUUCCAGUUUUUUUCAGAACAGGUCAGCCACCAUCCGCCAAUAUCUGCGUGUCAUGCUGAGUCUGAAAAUUUUGUGUUCUGGCAAGACGUGAGAUGGAAAAACAAAUUCUGGGGCAAAUCCAUGGAAAUUGUUCCCAUUGGCACAACCCAUGUGACUCUGCCAGCUUUUGGAGAUCAUUUUGAGUGGAACAAAGUGACCUCUUGCAUCCAUAACAUCUUAAGCGGGCAGAGGUGGAUCGAGCACUAUGGAGAGAUUGUCAUCAAGAACCUGAAUGAUGAUUCCUGCCACUGCAAAGUGAACUUUAUAAAGGCAAAAUACUGGAGCACUAAUGCCCAUGAGAUCGAAGGUACGGUAUUUGACAAGAGUGGAAAAGCGGUGCAUCGGCUCUUUGGGAAAUGGCACGAGAGCAUCUACUGCGGUGGCUCCUCCUCAUCCGCUUGUAUCUGGAGAGCGAAUCCCAUGCCGAAAGGCUAUGAGCAAUAUUAUGGCUUCACACAGUUUGCUCUAGAAUUAAAUGAAAUGGAUCCACUGUCAAAGUCUUUAUUACCCCCUACCGACACUCGAUUCAGGCCAGACCAAAGGUUUCUAGAAGAAGGGAACUUAGAAGAAGCUGAAAGACAGAAGCAGAGGAUUGAAGAGCUGCAGAGAGAGAGGCGGCGCGUCUUGGAAGAAAAUAAGGUGGAGCACCAGCCGCGGUUUUUCAGGAAAUCGAGCGAUGACUCUUGGGUGAGCAACGGCACCUAUUUGGAACUGAGGAAAGAUUUUGGUUUUUCCAAACUGGACCAUCCUAUCUUGUGGUAAAAAAGGAAAGAGUGAUAUAUCUUUGUACUUCUCCCGUAUCUGCUUUCUGAAGCCACAAACCUGUGUCUGUAUAUUUAAAAGGUAUUAUUUAGAAUGAUCACUUAUGCUUAUUAGCUUAGCAUUGUAAGUAUAUAUUUUCUUUAGUAGGUUUCUUUACAAUUUCAAAUGUUAUCAAGUUGUUUAUAUGAAUGUAGAACACCUUGAUAUUUCUUUUUAUAUAUAAACUAUUUAAUAAAAACGAAAGACUGAAUGUUAACGUGUGGGUUAAAAAAGAAGCUUUAACACUAAUUUUCCAAAGUUUAGGAAAAUUCUAGUUAAAUUUAUAAAAUUUAAUGCCUUAUAAAAUUAUACUGGAGGAAAAAAAUCCAUCUCUCCCAGGUGAGUUAAGAAAUAAUACCCAGGGUUACUCACCUGUGCGUGAGCCACCCAGGUUUAAUUUGGUAGCUCAGGUACCUUUUUGCCUCAGACAGCUUUCGAAUCAUUCACACGGAACACUUCUGCUGGUGUUGGAGUCCGAAGACUAGUUGAAUUUGCAUUUUAGUGGUUAGGGGGACGGCCUAAGAUGAGUGGGAUAUAUAUUUUUAUGUAAGACGGAUAUGGUACCUUCUUGAAGAGGAAGCACUUGAGCUCAUCCCUCCCUAUAGUUUCAUUGCUUUAUGUGCAAAACUGUACCCUGUUACUCAGAGAAAUUAUCGAUAACCUGAGAAACCCUCGUUAACUAAAUGUCAUAAUGAAAUCCCAGACGGACAGCAGGAAAUUUCUCCUUAGUAAGAGUUGAAUCCUUGACAAGUUAAGAAACUUUUCUGCUUCCAUGUCCCUCACCUACCACCUCCCCUGCUGUUUGACCACAUCUCUGUUGAGUGUGGAAUGUCCUGGUUUAGUGUAAAAACUACAGUGCAUCCCACACAACAGCUUGACUUUCCAAAAGUUUAGCAAAGAUUGCUUUAAACAACUCAACAUAUUAUUCUAAAUACUGUUUUGGUAUUUUCUACCUCUUAAUAAGCACCAUAUUUUAGAUCUUAUAUAAAAAGUUUGACCAUCUGCCUUAUAGACAAAUGUAGAGAAUUGAUGUCCUUCCUUUGUGUUGUGUUCUGAUAAAGCUUUAAGUGUCUUCUUAUCCCUUUCCUACACUUUCUUCUUACUCUUAUCACUCGUUUGUGAGUUUUGCAGCCGUCUUGAAUAAUACACAUUAUAACUACCAAAAGGAAAAACUUUUCCUUUUUAAAUAGAUUAUUUCCAAUUAUAAUAAUAGAAUUUGUGCAGUAGUUGUGCUGUCAAAGCAAUUCCAACUUCUGCCCAGAUUACAUUAAAACCAAAGCCUAAUUUUUAAGCCUUUUACUCUAAAGUCCGUAACAAUUCUAUAGAGUAUCAAGUAAAAUGGUAUGUUAAAAAGAUUUCUCCAGAAAACAUGUUUAGAUAAUUAAAUAAUUUCCGGACAUGCAGAAUGCGAUGAAGGAAAAGUAGAAUAAAUAACAGAAAAAAGAAUGCACGAUUAUUCAGUGUCACACCAAAUAACUAGUUGGGCAGUACUGCAUUUCAAAAAUGGAGUGAUUUAAAGUGGAUCAGUAGCCUUUGGGAAUCUGCAAGUGACUAGCAUUUUAAAACCACCACACGACUCAUUAAAUAUUGCAUUCAGCCAUUCCAUUUUAUCAAGACAUCAAGAUGAACACAAUGUGAAUAUCAUUUCCAAUUCUAAGCAGUUAACUGAUACAAUCAAAUUCUUUGGUAUUUGCUUUGUUCUUUUCUUUUCAAGCAUGUAUCCAAAUUCUGCUCACAGACAGGAAGAAGCAGGCUGUAGAUUUUAAGGGUACUCCAGGGGAAAACAAAUCUAGUUUUCACAGUGUGAAGAUAAAUGUAGAACUUUAGUAAUGCUGAGUGUUUAACAGGCCAGCUCCAGAGGCUGGCUCCCAACCACCACUGCCACCACCACCACCGCCACCACAACACUUGCAGCCUGAAUGGAUGUAGCUUUGUCAUGCGGUAUUUGGAAAUUCUUUAAUUGUUCCAGUGCUAUUAUUGCAAUUGAUCUUAUGUUUCAAUUUGUAAUCACAAGGAUAAAUGGACCAAAUCUCACCUUUGUAGUCAUCUUAUUUGAGAUGGGAGUGGGGAUGAAUUUGAAUAAGAUACAGAACUGUAUGCAAAUUAAAAAGUCUAUUUUCAGUACCAGCCUCUAUAAAAGGCUUUUCUGAAAUUUAAACAGCUUGGUGAUGCAUCUUAUUAUAAUCCUAAAACUCCCUUGAGGGAGAAAUGGCUUCUUUUUUCCUUCCAUGCUUAUUCUCAAAAGCACCUUGCCACCUAACUUGUAUCUCAAGGACAUCUUCUAUUUUUACGAUAAAGAAAACAGAAACAUGGCAUUGUUUGGGAAGAACUGAGGAAGUAUUGAAUUUUCUGGAUUUUGAAUCUCCCAAUUAAAGAAUGCCAAUCAUUGUGUCACUUGAGGUACAUGUUGUCACCUCCAUGUUUCUUCUUGAUCUUCCCAUCUCAGAUUCACGGUGAACUGAGCAGAUCUGGGAAAUGGGCAGUCAACCACAUUACACUGCAGGUGUCCCUGCUGCCCCUGCUGAUAUCCCAUGCUGCAGGAGCCCCUUCAGGAAGGAGCCGCAGUCACCAGUGUAGCCAGGCGGCAGAUCCCUCCCUCCCGGAGCCCCACAGCGUAGGCUGGCUAUUUCCUGGAGUCAAGUGUAAUCAUCAGAGUCUUAGUGCGGCUUCCCCAGGCAGUUCACCUCCCAGGAGCCAGGCUGGUCCUGGUCCUAAUGAAAUAUACGGGGUUCACGUUAGGACAGCAGUCUUUUAUCUAUUAAGUCCCCACAGAAUGCCCCCAAAAGCCCCCACAGUCUUCCUGUCCUUCCUGUGGGACUCUCUGGGGAGAGAAAAAUAUACAAACCAACUUUAUUUUAAUGUUCACUUCAUUUGGGCUGCUGCUUUUCUCAUAUUCUGAUUUUAAUUGCUUCCAGUUAAUCAUUUGCUUGGGUUCCAAGCACUCUCCUUCAUCUGCAUUUUCCAGAUUUAUGAUGAGGAGUCUUGUUCUACUAACAGUGUCAACCCUAAAAGAAAAAUAAUAAAGUAUAAAGUUUUUAUUUGGUUGUUGAACCUUGUUGUAGGUCUACUACAUACUCUAAGUUAUAGUAUGCCUUCCAGCUAUGGAAGAAUUUCCUCAGGCCUUUUAAUUACCAGUAGGAGCAGUAAGAAGUUGGCCUUAUGAUCUUAGGAAUAAUAGUUUCAGUGUAUUGACAUAAUCGACCUGAAUGUCUUUAAUUGUAAUAUUAACAUCGGCAUAAAUCUAUUUUUGCUACCAGAUGAUAGCUAUUUUCAUGUGUUGAAUUUUCCCUGCAUUGUAUUAAUUUGUUGCUUAGUGUUUGUCUUUAUUUUUCUGUGUUGGAGAUCAUAGCUGUUUAAAAUGCAAACCAUUUUCAGAGACUGGUUUUGAAGACUGCAAUGAUCAGAAGUUGUUAAUUUAUUUUAUUCAAGAUGAUUUUAUCUUUCUCUUUUACCCUCAGAGGAUACUAUUUUUUUUAAUGGAUAUUUGUAAAUCUUUCAUCUAACCAUUUAUAUGAUUGUUUUCUGUUUGAAUCCCAGCCUUCCACCUCAUCCCCCACUCCUCCCCUGAAAAACUCUAAUUUGUUUGUCCCCCUCGUGUAGCUAGUUGAUUGGGAAUAAAUACCAUGGAAAAAGGC